ACCGUCUGAAGUGCCUCUAUAACCCAGUGUCAGAUGAUGAAUGUUUGAGACUUCUCGUCACAAGACAGAACUCUCCCAGUACUGGAAGAACUGUAUGACGUCUCUUAUAUUAAUCGAUUUAAUCAUUUUUCCUCACAUCUACCAGACAAAACAGACUGGAUUUCUAGUGCAGGCUGCAGAAGGUGAUACCUGCUCUGUACAAUAAGCACUGAUUUAGAGAGUCUGUAAGUAUUUUACCUUUCCUUGUUUUAGUUUUAGUCCACAGUGUGGCACAAGAUUACAAAGCUACGUGCUUAUUUUUCAGCAUCUUUGUUAGGCUUUAUUGUAAAUCAUCAGUAGCAUCUCAGUCAGACUGAUUAUUUUAGUGUUGUGUGAGCAGAUGUGUUGUGUAGGCUUUAGAUGUACAAAUGCAGUGUGAGAAAACAGUGAAUGGCUGCCUUUAGUCCUGUUUCUGUGUUGUAGUGUCCUAAUCCUCUUUCCGUGUGACACAGACAACCAUUCAGGAGAGAAAAAUGGAAAACAGUGAAGAGGGAGAAAAUGCAAAUAGCACAUUUGAAUAUUAUUACUAUUAUGACUCUGAUGACUCUCCUUAUCUGCUAUGUCAAAACGAAGCUUUGAUCAAAGCUGUUUCCACUGAUUUUCCCAUAGUCCUCACCAUUGUGGUCCUUCUUAGUCUAAUUGGUAACGUCCUGGUUCUGGUGAUGUUUGGACUCUUUGAAAAUCUCAAAUCACUGACCAACAUCUUCAUCCUCAACUUGGCUCUCUCUGACCUGAUCUUCACACUUGGGCUUCCAUUUUGGGCUUGCUAUCUCAUGUGGAGCUGGACGUUUGGCGACUUUAUGUGUAAAAGUGUGAACUUUAUCUUCUCUGCUGGAUUUCAUAGCAGCAUUGUGUUCCUGAUGCUGAUGUCAAUUGAGCGCUAUGUAGCAGUGGCCCAUCCUCGGUCAGACUGGAAUAGAUGGCAGCGAUUUGUCUUUCCUGUCAUUGCUUGGGUGUUUAGCUUUGCAGCAGCUUCACCAGAAUUACUGUACAGUGAAGACACGCCUGACCCAAAAGACUUUACUUUACAGAACAUUACAGACUUUACAAAACAUUACUGUACGCAUUACAGCACUGAAGCUAUCUUCGGUGUUACAUAUCAACAGAACAUUUUGUUUGUUGUUGCCUUUUCAGUCAUGGGUUUUUGCUACAUAAGAAUUAUUCUGACCAUCCCAAAGUCCCAGAGGAACAACAGAAACAGGACUAGAAGAUUGAUCUUCUCUAUUGUGGUGUUGUUCUUUAUCUGCUGGGCUCCUUAUAACAUUGUGAUGUUUCUGAAAACGUGUGAUGUGUUCAUUCAGAUUGACUCAGCGUUUGUUGUCUGCCAACUGCUCGCUUUUUCACACUGCUGUUUUAAUCCAGUUCUUUAUGUUUUUGUUGAUGUAAAAUUCCGUAAUAAUUUGAAGAUGCUUCUACAGAAAAUGUUUGUGAGAUGUAGACUUUCAUCAACUGUUUAUAGCAUUACUUUUUAAAAGCAUUACAAAGAUCAGUAACUGCUGACAUUGACUGCUGACAACAGCGCACUCUGUAAUGUUGCACUUAGAGAAGCCUUCAUCUGGACACUAAGUCCUAAUAAACAUACAAAGUGCGCAAAGGUUAAUAUAAUGUUAA